GCUAAGUGAGUCCUGACAAAAUAGAAAUGUCUGUCGGAAAACAAACACCGAUAAUAAGGAAACUCACGGAUCUUCUGUGCCGUAGACACGUUAAAAAUGGUCUGAGAAUGCCAGAUGACCUUGUGCUAAGGUCAAUGCCACCACCAAUUUUGCCAGAUGGUCCUUCACAUAAAUUAUCAGAUAAUUACUACUAUACUAGAGAUGGAAGAAGAGAGGAAUCACCCCCAGUUCAUAUAUAUACUGGCAGUACAACAAUGGCAAUAGAAUCUGGAAAAGGAAAUAUAACAAGUUCACAAGGAAGAAUAGGGCCAAAGUUACCAGGCGUUGGGUAUAACAUUAAUGGAGAGGGCUUCUAUGGAAAACAAUAGACAUUUGAUAUACCAAAAAUAACAUUAAUUUGUUGUAGUGGAAAUUUAAUGAUCAAUUUUGAACAGUUAAGCAGUUACAUCGGUCUGGAUAUAAUAUCUAUGAUUUCUACAAGUUGCAUUUUAUUAAACAAGAAUUCACAUUUUCUUUUGUAACAGAUUAGUAAAAUGAAUAGAAAUGACUAUUCAAAGUUUGAAAACUAGAACUGUCAGAACUAUACUGAAAUUUGUUAAUAGUUUAUAUAUUGAUGUGUGUGAUAAAUUAUAGAAAAUUUU